CAUUUAAAAAGUGCAAAAACCAGGGACCUUCACCAGUCUCCCAACUCUUGCCAUGGGUUGUUUAGCUGGAUUGGGGUGGUUCAUUCUCCUUGUAGCAGUUGUUAACAUUGAGGCACAAAAUAAGCCCCCAAUAAAGAUAAACUCUAAAUGCCUUGGAAACUUGCUGCGUGUGGAUCUCAGUCGACUUGGAGGAAGUUUUUUUGAAGUGUCCGCUGUCAUAAAUAACUCUUCAAUCAUCCUCACGCCAAGUUUAGCUUCUCAGUGUGGCUUCACCAUCAAGAAAUACCACCUGGGAAACGCUGUGAUUUAUGCCUCCGUCCAAAACUGUUUUGCUCAAAAUGUGGAUGAUAAAACUUUCACAACAAAACUAAGUCUGCGGCUACAAUCUGACAAUGUGGUUGAAGAUGAGUUUUACCUGGUGGAAGAAACUUGCUACUACUCUCCCUGGGCCUCCCGGGAAAUUAUCUGUAAACCCAACUACAUGGAGGUGUCAGUAAAAAAAGCAGCUCCAAAUGAUUAUAACUUGCCUGCAUACCCCGACUCGGAUCCCCGAAAAGCUGCUGAGCAACCCAUGGAUGCAGGCUUCAAAAUCACCACAGUGGUGUUCUUCACUCCUGAGGAGAGGGUCAUGCAGGUGGACAAAGCCCAGAGAAAUGGUUAUGGGAUCUCAAGCACUCCUACCAGGCUGGUUCUGCGAAGCCCAAAUCCUUCACGUGAAACAUACACCAAGGAUGUAGCAGGUGUGCCGAUGACUGUGCUCAGCACCUCGAUUAUAUUUGAGAAGACGAAGCUGACGACACAACUUUAUGCAGGAGCCGCUUGUCCUCAAGCUCAGGGUGGGGUUUUCUUUACUAAAACCUCAAUCCGCUGGUUCCUGCCGAGGCGUAUUGACCCUCUGAUUUACUCGAAACACUUCAGACUGUUGGAGGUGAACAUGGGCGUCGAUGGGAGGAAGCUCGAAGCUACAGAGUUAUCGGCCAGAAACUAUUCCCUGACUCUCGAUGACCUUUACGUCAUUGUUGAAAUUCCUAUUGGGGCUGCUGGUUGCCAGAUCAAGAGUCAUGCCCAGGAUGGUCAGUACUUCACUUCUUAUAUGAAUGAGCUGAUGCUCGAGUUGCUCUGGACUGAAGACGACACUAAUGAGGACACGAGAUACAAAGUCUUCCUCCCGGUCGAGACCCCCCUGCAGCUUCAACCUCCACAAGUCAUUGACGCCACUGUUCCCAAGGAGAUGAUGUUUAAGGCGUUGAUUGGGCCGAUGGGCUUUGAUGUAAUGCUAAAGAACAUCAGCUCCCCCUCUGAGGUUUUGUCCUUGGCCGACUGCAUUGCCAGAGGCUUUAAAGUCUUUGACCAAAUGUCCCCUAACGGCUGCUCCAAGGUCUAUACUGUUGAAGUGCCCUUCACGGACCGUGUCGUAGGACAAAGGAAAGAAAUAGGGGUUACAAUUUACAAUCUUCAUCUGACCUUUGGCUUCCUGGUCCUGCCAAAGCAUGCUCCAUUUACUGCCACUGCUUAUCUGAGAGCUAAACUGGAAGACAUAGGUCUGUACCCAAGAGGAAUUCCUCCCUCUGUCUCAGGCAGCUGUGAUGAUAAGAAUUUCUAUGUCCUCGUGAAAUACGGGACCAAAGGAUUCAACUUUCAGACCAUAAUGGGAAAACAAAUGCUGACCGGGAGCCUGGCUCAGCAGUAUGGUUUAAUGGACAACGACACACAUUUCAGUUUGAUUGUACCAUUUUCUGCAGCUGAUGCUACGGUCGAGGCUGUUGCGUCGUCAUCCAUCAAGAGCAGACUGGAUGUGACUCUGAGAUAUCCGAAGACCAACAAAACUAUCCAAGACUUCUCCUUGGCUUGCGACUUCGUCACAAAGCUGAUUGAGUGUUUCCCUAAUGGGACCAUCACGGCUAUGGCUAUAACCCUGGAGUCUGUUCUCAGUCUGAACCCCCGACGGCUCACCCUGAGAGACCCCGCCUGUGGCCCCACAUACAGCAACGACCAGUACGCUUAUUUUGUCUUCACUGCAAACUCCUGUGGGACGACCAGGAAGUUUUUCCCCAAUAUGAUGCUGUAUGAGAAUGAAAUCUCCAUCACAGAUGAACUUGAAUUGAGAAAGCUGUCACAGUCGAAGGAGCCGGAGUUUGAGCUUAAGGUGUUCUGUUUCUAUGACAUCAACACAAACCAGGCUAUUGGCUUCAACACCCGACCUCGCAGGAGUGAACCGUACGCUGACGAUGCACAAGGCGAGAUGCAGGUUGAAAUGAGAGUUGCUUUGGACAACUCCUACAGUGUGUUUCAGCGCGUUGAGGACAAUCCCAUCACAAAGUACCUACAACAGCCGCUGUAUUUCGAGGUGGAACUGAUGGGAUCUUACAACCCUAAAGUAUCUCUUGAGCUGGCGCACUGCUGGGCGACGCUGGAGGAGGACAAGAUGUCCCUCCCUCGAUGGGACCUCAUCGUUAACGGUUGUGCAAACUCAAGGGACCCGCACCCAGUGAUCUUCCACUCUGUUUUGCCUAAGGGCAGAGUUCCUUAUCCUUCCAACUUCAAGCGGUUUGAGGUCCCGAUGUUUGCCUUCGCCGAAGACAAGGAUAACUUGAACCGCCAGGUCUUUGUCCACUGUGAGGUGGUCAUCUGUGAUGUUAGAAAUCCAGUGGAUGCAGCUUGUAAUGUACAGUGUUCAGACCAGGACAACACGAUGAAGGGUCACAAACGUGCCAUUUCAGAUGACCCCGGUUUCAAACACGUGACUUCAGGACCCAUCAUUAUAAUGAGCUCCUAAACAAAAUCCUAAUAAAAUAUUUAAAAUUAA